AUGCUAUCCACAGAACAGCCGCGUGACAGGACAGUUCCGUUUGGGAUCUUGGCAUAUGGAGCUGCCUCGAACCCGAAUGCCCCUAAACUGGGAGUUUCACCAUACAUUGAUCCUGCCCUUCCAUCGUUGGGGUUUGGUGGAAACGGAAGCUCUGUCAACUGGAUGUACAACUGGUACUCAACCACAACCAACAAGCAGAGUUUUACAGAGUAUGUUCCCAUGCUUUGGGGCAUCAAGCCGGAACUCACAGGUGCCUGGGAUGGCCAUGCGUCCUCCUGGAUUGCCGCCGGCUCCGAGCACCUCCUUGCCUUCAACGAGCCCGAGAAUGCAGGCCAGUCGAACAUCAACACCACGGCCGCCGCGGAUGCAUACCGCAAAUAUAUGCAGCCCUUUGCUGGAAAGGCCCAGCUAGGAGCCCCUGCGGUUUCGAACGAUGGACGCGACUGGAUGACCCAGUUCCUUGCUCAAUGCAGUGACUGUACCAUCGAUUUCGUCCCGAUCCAUUGGUACAAUCCGUGCUCUCUUUUGGACGACUUCAAAGCCUCGUCUCCGACAUGUGCCGCAUUGCCGGCAAUCGCCCUGUGUGGAUCACUGAGUUCCAACCACAGGGAAGCGACGACGAGAAGGCAAAAUUCUUGA